AUGCUCUUUCUCAUCGGCUUGGGUCUCGCGGACGAGAAGGACAUCACCGUCAAAGGUCUCGAAGCUAUUCGUGGCUCAAAGCGAGUCUACCUCGAGGCCUACACCUCAAUUCUAGGCGUCGACCAGGCCAAACUCGAAGCAUUCUACGGCAAGCCCCUCAUCCUGGCGGACCGUGACAUGGUCGAGACAGAGAGUGAUGCGAUACUCGACGGUGCAGACAAGGAUGAUGUCUCCUUUCUCGUCGUGGGCGAUCCCUUCGGGGCGACGACUCAUACAGACUUGCAUCUCAGAGCGACAGCAUUGGGCAUCACCACGCGCGUCAUUCACAAUGCCUCCAUCAUGAACGCAGUCGGCGCAUGCGGACUGGCGCUCUACAACUUUGGCCAGACAGUCAGUAUACCGUUCUUCACAGACUCCUGGCGACCGUCGAGCUGGUUUGACCGCAUACACGAGAACAACAAGCUUGGGUUGCAUACGCUCUGCUUACUCGAUAUAAAGGUCAAAGAGCAAAGCGAGGAGAAUCUUGCAAGGGGCCGAAAGAUAUUCGAGCCGGCGCGGUACAUGUCUGUGCCCACCGCUGUCGAGCAAAUCUUGUCGCUUCUUCGGGCAGCGCCCACAGACGGCAGCAAAGCAGCACUCGACCCAGCAGAAACGCUGGCCAUCUCUGUCUCUCGCGUCGGUGCAGAAGAUCAGACAUUCGUCGCGGGUACACUCGCUGAGCUCGCACAAGCGGAUCAAGGCGUCUUCGGCGCGCCUCUACACAGUCUCGUCAUCGUCGGACGACGGUUCCAUCAUCUCGAGAGAGACUUUGCCGCGGGAUGGGCAUUAGAUCAGGAGCGCUGGCGCUCGACAGCCGAUUCGGUCUACCACUGCAGGAGCUAGCAGAACCAGUCUGUGGAACAUUGACCUGUCAGUAGCAAUCGAUUGCAAGUAAAGCCUCGUUGUUGUACUCUCGUUGCCGAUCGCAGAGGCGUUGCAGAUCAGAGGUCGUUCCAGGCUACGUUGGUUGCCGAACAGUCUAGAUCUUGAAUAGAAACUUGAAAU